CGGCUGAAGUUUGCACAGUGGCUGAUUGUGAUUGCCGUAGGUAGGUUUUUGAAGAGUGUGCUAAACCAAGCUUCCAGCCAGUUGAUGUGAUGCUGCAGACCCUGGUGGAUGUUUGGUGUGGCACGAAGCAACGAUAGGAUGGGUUCGGUACGAUCGUUCAACAAAGUGCUGCGGUCGAUGGUGGUGUUGCUAGCGAUCGCGUCGGCAGCGCAGUUUGCACACGGUGCAAACAUCCUUUGCCUGAUGGCGGUCCCUAGCCCGAGCCAUCACAUCUGGAACCGGGUGCUGGUGGAUGCGCUUGCUGCACAGGGCCACAACCUGACGGUUGUGUCGCCGGACGUUGAGAAGCCGAAGCCGAACGUAACGUACAUCCAUCUCGAGCGGACGUACGAUACGAUCCACGAGGGUGCGACGGCGAUCGAUUUCUACGAGAUGGGACAGGCGAGCAUACUGGAGAGCAUGAAGAUAUUCUACGACUACGCCAUCUCGAUGUGUAUCGGCAUACUGGACUCGGAGGGAUAUCAGACGAUCAAGCGCUACCCGAAGGACUACAAGUUCGACCUGGUGCUGUACGAUUUCACCUGCGGGCCGUGCUUGCUCGCGAUCUACCACCGGUUCGGACAACCGCCGAUGGUGGGUGUGACCGGCUUCAAUACGCCCCCGUACACGACGGAUCUGAUCGGUGGCCACAAGUACUACGCGUACGUGCCGUACUACACGCUGGACUACGACAGCAAUAUGAACUUCUUCCAACGCUUCUACAGCGCCGGUAUCCACUGGAUCGAUUACUUCUACCGCAACUAUGUGUUCCUGCCCGAAACCGAUCGUAUCGUACGGCAGCACGAGCAGACGACAGAUCUCCCCUAUCUGGGUGAGAUGGAUCGGAAAAUGAUGCUGAUGCUGGUAAACUCCCACCAUUCGGUCGAUUUCCCUGAACCGAUCCCGCAAAACAUGAUCCAGGUCGGUGGGUUGCAGAUCAUACCGCCCAAAUCGCUGCCGGCUGACAUCGAUCGGUUCAUCCGUGCUGGCAAGAAGGGUUCGGUACUGUUCUCGCUCGGCACGAACGUGCUCAGCAAGGAUCUUGGCCCGGAGCGGAUUAAAGCGUUCCUGCAAGCGUUCCAGCAGAUGCCGGCCUACAACUUUCUGUGGAAGUUUGAAACCGAUCUACCGUUCGAGCUGCCACCGAACGUAAUGAUCAAGAAGUUUCUGCCACAGAACGACAUACUUGCCCAUCCGCACAUUAAGGCUUUCAUGACGCACGGUGGACUGCUGAGCACACACGAGGCGACCUGGCACGGGGUGCCGAUGAUUGGAAUUCCUGUGAUCGCCGAUCAGUAUCGGAAUCUCGCGAAAUCCAUCCGUGCCGGUGUGGCGGAGAAGAUAAACCUGUGGGAUCUGACCACCGAUAAAAUUCGCAACACCGUGCUGAAGGUGCUGGAGACACCGCGAUACAGAGAGGCUAUGAGCGUACGAUCGGGACUGUUCCGAGAUCAGCCGGAAACACCGCUGGAACGUGGCGUCUGGUGGGUAGAGUGGGCAUUAAGGCAUCCGAAUGCGAAAACCAUCCAAUCGCCCACCCUGGAGCUAGGUCCCUGGAGGAGUGAGCUGUACGAUGUGAAGCUCUGCCUACUGCUAGCCGUACUGUUCGUGCUAUACCUCCUGCACAAAGUCAGUAAAGCUCUGUUCUCAAAGAGUUCUCCGUCAGGCAAACCGAAGAAGAAAGUGCACUAUCCAAGCCAUCACAUAUGGAACCGCGUUUGGAUCGAAGCUCUCGCCGCCAGAGGACACAACUUAACGGUGGUAUCAGCCGACGUCGAGCAAGAGGCAACACCAAACGUCACCUAUAUCCACCUGGAACAUGCCUACUCGGAUCUGCACGAUGAGCUCGACCUAUUCGAAAUGGCAAGCAACGAUGCGCUCACAGGCAUUAAAGAUCUCUACACCUGGGGUACGGCCAUGUGCAAGGGGGUGCUACGUUCGAAGGGUCUCCAAGUGAUCGAAUCCUAUCCGGACGAGUUCCGGUUCGAUCUCGUCAUCGCGGACAUCACCUGUGGACCGUGUCUGUUGCCACUGAUGCACAAGUUCCACUAUCCUCCGCUGAUCGGUGUAACGGCGUACAACAAUCCUCAGUUUACGACCGAUUUCGUCGGUGGACACAAACACUACGCGUAUGUGCCGUUCUUUACCGUCAACUACGACUCGGACAUGAACUUCCUGCAGCGAUUCUACAACUGGGUGCUUCACAAUGCUGAUCAUAUCUACCGCCAUCACAUCUUUCUGCCACGGAUAGAGCACUUGGUACGGAGCCACUUCCGCUACCGUGGGAUGCCUUCCUUGGGUCAAAUCGAGCGUAAAACCUUUCUGCUGCUAGCCAACUUUCACUACUCGGUUGACUUUGCUGAAUCGCUUCCACCGGCUCACAUCCCGGUCGGUGGACUUCAGGUACUUCCACCGAAACGCUUACCGACCGAUCUAGACACAUUUCUGGCCGCGGGACGGCAAGGAUCCGUCCUGUUCUCGCUCGGUACAAACGUGAGAAGUGCCGACCUUGGGGACGAUCGCAUCCGAAUGUUCCUGGAGGCGUUUCGCCAUCUGCCGGAGUACAAUUUUCUGUGGAAGUUUGAGGAAAUGCCACAGUUUGAAGUGCCCAGCAAUGUUUUGAUUAGAAAGUUUUUACCCCAGAACGAUAUUCUGGCUCACGCGAACGUGAAGGGCUUUAUAACGCACGGUGGAAUGCUGAGUACGCAUGAGGCAACAUGGCACGGGGUGCCCUUGGUUGGCAUUCCCUUCAUAUGUGAUCAGUAUCGGAACCUCCACAAAUCGGUGACUGCUGGGGUCGCUCUACGUCUAGAGCAUGAUUUUUUGUCAACGGCCAACAUUGAAGCUGCCCUGCGUGAGGUACUCACCAACUCUAGCUACCGGGAGAGCAUGCAGCACCGAUCGGCACUGCUUCGCGAUCAGCCAGAACAUCCACUCGAUCGUGCAGUGUGGUGGAUCGAGUGGGCCCUACGUCAUCCGAACGUGAAAGCGAUUCAAUCGCCAACGAAGCGUAUGUCAUUCUGGGUGUACGAGCUGUACGAUGUAAAGCUAGCACUGACGCUGCUGCUCGCCCUAGCCUUUGCAAAUUGUCCGCUCCAGCUUGAGACGCGCGGCCGUCUGCCAGUCAGUAUGAUAACAGCGAUGCGUCCGAACGUACCGUGCGUGUUCGCGCUACUAUCUCUCGCGGCGCUGUCAGCUGUUUGGCAUGGAGUCGUACAGGGCGCAAACAUUCUCUGUAUCAUGACCGUGCCAAGUCCUAGCCAUCACAUCUGGAACCGUGUCAUCAUGGAGGAGCUGGUGGCUCGGGGUCACAAUUUAACGGUGGUGUCCCAGGAUGGGGAUAGCUCGCGGCCCAAUCUUACCUACAUUCUGCUCGAGAAAGUGUAUUCCACGCUGUACGAAGAGGAAGAAAUCGAUCUGCUGGAACUGGCAAAGGAUACUCCGUUCCAGUCGCUGUUUGCCUUCAAAGAGUUCUAUCUCGGGAUGUGCCGGGGUGCACUGAAAUCGGACGGGCUCAAUGUGAUCCUUCACUAUCCGGACAGCUUCCGCUUCGAUGUGGUGCUGUAUGAUUUCGGGUGUGGGCCGUGUCUGUUGCCGCUGCUGCACAAGUUUAACUACCCACCGCUAAUCAGCCUGACGCCGUUCAGCAACCCACCGUACUCGGUGGACAUCGUUGGAGGGCACAAGCAUUACGCUUACACGCCUCACUAUGCGCUACCGUACGGGUUCGAUAUGUCCUUUGCUGAGCGGGCGUACAACACGUACCUCUAUCUGUGGGAUGCUGGCCUACGACACUUUGAUAUCAUGCCCAAGCUGGACACGAUGGUCAGGAAUCGGUUCGCGUUCGAAAACAUGCCCUACAUACAGGACAUCGAGCGGCGCACGGUGCUAAUGCUCGUAAACACCAAUCCGACGUUCGAUGCGCUUGAACCACUGCCCCCGAACGUGAUUCCGAUCGGUGGAGCUCACAUCAAGGAUCCCAAACCCCUACCGGCGGAUCUGGAAGAGUUUGUGGCGAAAGCGAAGAAAGGGGCCGUUUUGUUUUCGCUCGGUUCUAACAUCCGUUCGGACAUGAUCGGUGAGGAACGGCAACGGUUGUUCAUCGAAGCAUUCCGCCAAAUGCCGGACUAUCAUUUCUUGUGGAAAUUUGAAUCACAUCUCACCGUGCCUCUGCCACCGAACGUAAUCAUCCGACCGUGGUUGCCACAGAACAGUAUUUUAAGCCACCCUCGAACGAGAGGCUUCAUCACCCAUUCGGGAGGGCUCAGCACACAGGAAGCGUCCUGGUUUGGUGUACCGCUGAUCGGGAUGCCGUUUUUUGUCGAUCAACAUCGGAACCUGAAACGAUCGUUGAUCGGUGGUGUGGCAGAAAAGCUAGAUUUUGCCGCCCUGUCCACCGAUACGAUACGAUCGACCGUGCUGAAGGUGCUGGAAACACCGAGCUAUCGGGAAAAUAUGCAACGUCGUGCGAUGUACUUUCGCGAUCAGCCCGAUAAACCGCUCGACCGGGCUGUAUGGUGGAUCGAAUACGUUGUGAGACAUCCGACGGUUCAGCAUCUUCGUUCGCCAACGCUUCGCCUCGGUACGAUCCAAGCGAAUCUGCUGGAUGUUUAUCUGUUCUUUGCGGGCAUUAUAGUGGGGCUCGUGUCAUUGCCUGUGUUCUUAAUAAGACGUGCUUUGUGCCGUCGUCAGCGGCAAGUGAAGCAGAAGCGACAAUAAAAUUUACAGAGCAGAAAUUACAAUAUUCGAUUGUAAAGCUCGUAUAAUGUUUUAUUCCUCAAAUAAAAUUUAGAAGACUAAAGCGUA